UACUUUGGUGUUAUUGAGAGCAACAGCAACAUAGUUCUACAGAGAGACCUGCAUGAAGACAGAAGCACUCUUCAGUACAUUGUAGUGAUUACAGCUCGCGAUAGUGGUACUAGUCCAUUGCCAGCCCCAAACACGUGCACAGUUACUAUUGUUGUCAAUCGUAACCAGUUUGCACCAGUUUUUAUCAACACGCCGUAUGACAAGGCACUGCCCCGCACAGCCCCAAUAGGGCAAUCUGUAGUUACCGUAACAGCAACUGAUGCUGAU